AUGGGACGAAAGGGAGUGUGCUGUUGCUGUGCUGCUUUGCGCCCUCGCUACAAGCGGCUGGUAGAUAACAUCUUCCCUGAAGAUCCAAAAGAUGGUCUUGUUAAAGCUGAUAUGGAGAAGCUGACUUUCUAUGCCGUUUCAGCACCAGAAAAGCUGGAUCGAAUUGGUGCUUACCUGGCAGAGAGACUGAGCAGAGAUGUUGUCAGGCAUCGCUACGGGUACGUUUUAAUUGCCAUGGAGGCAUUGGAUCAACUUCUGAUGGCUUGCCAUUCUCAAAGCAUAAAACCAUUUGUGGAAAGUUUCCUACAUAUGGUGGCCAAGCUCCUGGAAUCAGGCGAACCAAAGCUGCAAGUUCUUGGAACUAAUUCUUUUGUCAAAUUUGCCAACAUUGAGGAAGAUACACCUUCAUAUCACAGGCGCUAUGACUUCUUUGUGUCUCGAUUCAGUGCCAUGUGUCAUUCAUGUGACCAUGAUCCAGAAAUACAAACUGAGAUCCGAAUUGCUGGAAUCAGGGGCAUUCAGGGAGUGGUUCGAAAAACAGUUAAUGAUGAACUCCGAGCAACUAUAUGGGAACCUCAGCACAUGGACAAGAUAGUACCAUCGUUGCUGUUUAAUAUGCAGAAAAUAGAAGAUAUCGACAGCAGAAUAGGCCCUCCAUCCUCUCCUACAGGAGGAGAGAAAGAGGAGAAUCCUGCUGUGCUGGCUGAGAACUGUUUCAGGGAGCUACUGGGACGAGCAACCUACGGAAAUAUGAAUAAUGCUGUCAGACCAGUUUUCGCACAUUUAGACCAUCAUAGGCUAUGGGAUCCCAAUGAGUUUGCUGUUUCCUGCUUCAAAAUCAUCAUGUAUUCUAUACAGGCACAAUAUUCCCAUCAUGUUAUACAAGAAAUUCUUGGACACCUGGAUUUCCGCAAAAGGGACUCACCAAGAGUUCGUGCUGGCAUUAUUCAGGUUCUUUUAGAAGCAGUUGCAAUAGCAGCUAAAGGAUCAAUAGGUAAGUUGUCUAAAUCAGUGACAUCAGGUGAAAGGAGAGAUUUGAAGGGUCGUGCUCAUUUUUGCUUUAAUCACUUAGAGGGGAUCCGUAAAGGAAGUGGAACUUUCAGCACGAGCUCCAAAGAGAGUGAUGAGAGGAUUGUCCAGAAUGCUAUUAUUCAAACAAUUGGAUUUUUUGGAAGCAAUCUCCCAGAUUACCAGAGAUCAGAGAUUAUGAUGUUUAUCAUGGGAAAAGUACCUGUUUUUGGGACAACUUCACAAUCACUUGAUACCAGUCACCUUGGAGAUUUGGGAACUAGGAGGAUCCAAAUCAUGCUAUUGAGAUCUUUACUUAUGGUGACUUCAGGAUACAAAGCCACAACGAUAACUAACGCACUUCCUCCCCCGUUUCUGGACCCGUUACUGUCUCCUUCCCUCAUGGAAGACUCAGAGCUAAGGCAGCUGGUCUUGGAAAUCCUGCAUAAUCUCAUCGAUCGACAUGACAACAGGGCGAAGCUCAGAGGGAUUCGAAUAAUACCUGAUGUUUCUGAUCUAAAGAUAAAACGAGACAAAAUUUCAAGGCAAGAUGUGAGCUUCAUGAAAAAGCAUGGUCAGCAGUUGUACAGACACAUCUACUUGGGCUGUAAAGAAGAAGACAAUGUUCAAAAGAAUUUUGAGCUGCUAUUUACAUCCCUAGCUCUUACCACAAUCGAACUAGCUAAUGAAGAAGUGGUUAUUGACCUCAUUCGAUUAGCUAUAGCUUUGCAGGACAUUGCCAUUAUCAAUGAGGAUAAUCUGCCAAUGUUUAAUCGUUGUGGUGUCAUGGCACUGGUUGCAGCAUAUCUAAACUUUCUGAGUCAGAUGAUUGCAGUUCCUGCCUUUUGUCAGCAUGUCAGCAAGGUAAUUGAAACUAGAAGUCUAGAAGCAUCCUAUUUUCUACCAGAAACAAUUUUCAAAGACAAAUCCAAUCUUCCAAAGUCCUUGGAGAAGGAUGAAAAAAAUUUAUUUUUCCUGACAAACAAGAUUGCAGAAUCCUUAGGAGGCAGUGGAUACAGUGUGGAAAGAUUGUCAGUUCCAUAUGUACCCCAGGUAACAGAUGAAGACAGACUCUCCAGGAGGAAGAGCAUUGUGGACACAGUGUCUAUUCAGGUGGAUAUUCUGCCUGGCAACAACACAGAGGAUAAGGUUGACAACACUGAAGAAAUCACCUUUGAAGCUUUGAAGAAAGCAAUUGAUAACAACGGACUUGAAGAACAAGAAAAAGAAAAAAGGCGCCUUGUGAUUGAAAAGUUCCAAAAAGCACCAUUUGAGGAAAUUGCAGCACAAUGUGAAACCAAAGCAAACUUGCUUCAUGAUAGACUUGCACAGAUACUGGAGCUCACCAUUCGCCCUCCACCCAGCCCCUCAGGAACGAUGACCAUUACUGCUGGACAUGCUCAUUACCAAUCUGUUCCAGUCUAUGAGAUGAAGUUUCCAGAUCUUUGUGUGUAUUAAGUGUCUUCUGAAGUCUGCUGGACAUUAUUUAGAAUAGAAUACAAUAGAAAGAACAAGAUGAGUUUUCAAAUUUUA